AUGGCUUUCAAUAAGUUUGACCCCAAAAUCCCAACGUCUAAUAACGGAGACAAAAACUCUUUUGCAUAUUUCACAGUCCGCGAACGAUGGCCCCAAAUAAUCCUCUCUGCUAAGGAGGACGUCGAAGCUACUAUCAAAUCCGACAGCCUGGAUGCAGCAGAAAAGAAAGCCGGUCGAGACAUUGCUUCAAAGCUUUCCACUAUUGCUCGAGCGAUCCAGUUCGACGAUUCGCUCUCGCCACUUCUUGAUGACCACCCAGACGUGUCAGGAUACAACGAAGAGCUUAAAUUCCUACAAGAACCGACGUGGCUCACAGCUCCGUGGUUAUUCUCCGAAUGCUACCUAUACCGACUCAUCCACACGUUCUUUACCACCAGCGGCUCUCAGUUCUGGCAAGGAUAUGAUGUCUUUCGGGUAUCUAAGAACAAUUCUUUUGCAAAUUCUGAGAAAGCUACUCUUGAGCUUCUAGCUUGGUACUUAUCGAUUCUACCAACACUCGGGGACAAGGCAAAGAGUGAAGAUGAAGCUACUCAUAAGGCUCUUCUUGAGGAAGUUAUCGACAUCAGUUUAUGGGGAAACGCCACGGACUUGUCGCUCCUAACAUCCUUCUCAAUUGAAGACCUCCAAAGCCGGCAAGGCAAAGAUGCCAGAGGAGCUGCUAAGAAGAAUAUCGUUGUGGAUGAUACCGAAAAAGUCUGGAGACUUCUGUGGGGCUUAAGAAGCAGAGCAACCGCCAACAAAAUUGACAUCGUCCUUGACAAUGCGGGAUUCGAACUGCUUACAGAUCUGGUCUUUGCGGCAUACCUUCUGCAAGCUGGAUUCGCGAAGAAGAUAACACUUCACGGAAAGCGAAUGGGUUGGUUCGUUUCUGACGUGGGAAUUCAAGACGUGGAAGAUUUGCUCGUAGCUUUGGAGAAAGGGAGUGCCUUCGGAUCAGGCAUCGCGCAACAAGAUCAAGAAAACCUGCAAAGGGUCGGGAAGCUGUGGCGAAAUCUCUUCAAUGCCGGACAGCUAGAACUUCAGGUUGAUCCCUUCUGGACGACGCAGCAUCCCUUUGGCAGAAUGCCUGAAGUAGCACCGCAAUUAUACGCACACCUUUCAGCUUCAGACUUGGUCGUUUUCAAGGGCGAUCUCAACUAUAGGAAACUCACUAGUGAUGGGAUGUGGCCAAGGACGGCUUCAUUUCGCGAGGCACUCGGGAGACUGGGAGAGGUAAAUGGCAAGGAGGGGAUUAGAGUGCUAGCCCUCAGAACCUGCAAAGCAGAUGUCUGUGUUGGUUUGGAGGCAAGCCUGGCGGAGAGACUUGACAAGGAGCAAAAGGGGAUUUGGACAAGAAAUGGAAAAUAUGCGGUUAUCAGCUACUGGAACGGGAAAGAAUAG